AUGAAGUAUAGUACUUCUCCAAUGAGUAGUCGUAGUUCUUCGGUCAUGAGCAAUAGUUUUAGAGGGACCUCUUCUCCUUUACCAGCUCCUUUAUCGUAUUCAGCUAGUUGUAUGACUGCAGCUGCUAAAAGGUAUAAAUAUUUAAGAAGAUUAUUUAAAUUUCAUCAAAUGGAUUUUGAAUUUGCAUUGUGGCAAAUGUUGUAUUUAUUUAUAGCACCUCAAAAAGUGUAUAGAAAUUUUUAUUAUAGAAAACAAACCAAAUCUCAAUUUGCUAGAGACGAUCCUGCUUUUUUGGUUUUAUUGACACUUUGGCUUGUGGGAUCUUCGAUUGGUUUUUCAUUUGUCCUUCAAUUAGAUUUUUUAAGCUUUAUUAAAUUUACAUUGUAUGUCAUUAUUGUUGACUGUAUUGGAGUAGGAGUUUGUAUAGCAACUUCUCUGUGGUAUUUAUGUAAUAAAUAUUUAAAAAAGCAAACAUGUGAAGAUCAGGAUGUCGAAUGGGGAUAUGCUUUCGAUGUGCAUUUAAAUGCAUUUUUUCCAUUAUUAAUCAUUCUUCAUGUUUUUCAAUUAUUUUUUUACAGUGUUCUUAUAAAUCAUGAUUGGUUUAUAUCGAUAUUAUUUGGGAAUACUCUGUGGGCAGUCGCAGUCGGUUAUUAUAUGUAUAUAACAUUUUUAGGAUACAGUAGUCUUCCAAUACUUUACAGAACUCAUGUAUUAUUGUAUCCAUUGACUGGUUUAGCAUUAGUUUAUAUAGUAACUGUCGCAAUGAGGUGGAACUUAACUCAAAGCAUAGUAUAUUUUUAUAAAUAUAGAGUAUUGUAA